AUGGUGGUCGCGGGGCCUGCGGAUGCUGGUGGCAGGGACAUGGGCAGGAUGGCUGGAUGGGGUUUUCUCAGCUUCAUUGCUUCCUACAACAUUGUCCCGGAGUUCGGUGCUGAUGAGAUCAUCCGUCUCUUCGACAAUAUCGCGCCCCAGGUGAAGCAUAACUGCGUUGAGCUCUGCAAGCGUCUUGGCCUCAUUGGAAAGAUGACUGAUUCAAUCAAUCAUUUCAUUGAAAAUGGGCAGCCACUCGAUGCUAUAAGAUUGGCACAUACUUUCAGUUUGACUGACAAAUAUCCUCCACUUGCCAUCAUGAAUGAUUAUAUUGAGAAUGCCAAGAAGACUGCUGAAGACAUACUAAGCAAGGAAAGCUAUACACUGGAAUCUCUGGUAUCAGAAUCAAGCGAUGCAAAGAAGGUUGAUGCUCUAAUAUUUUCAUGGAGCGCAAUUGAUGGGUGCGAUAUUGAUUCUGUUCAGCGUAAUAGCAUCAAGGCAGAAAUUACUCAGCUGUUACACAAGUAUACAAACAAGCAGCAAAGUCUAGCAGGAGUUCCAGCCUCCAUUGCAAGUUCGCACCAGCAGCAGAAGUUUCAAGAGGAGUAUCAGCAGCGGCCACAAAUGCGACUGGUUGAACAGCAGAAGCAGCAGCGAAAGCCACAUGAGCUGCAGCAAAAACCAGAAGAGAAACAGCGCCAGCAGCAGAAGCCACAAGAGACGCAGCGUCGGCACAUUCAGAAUCAACCAGAGCCACAGAAGCAGGAAAUGUGGCAAAACCGGAAAAGGAAAAGAGAAAACAAGAAUCGCAAGAGGAAACAACGCAGGCAGAAACUGCAGCAACAGAAUAAACGCCCAUGGCUACCUCCAUAUGCCAGGCCAGGAAUUAACAUCCAGCAUGGGCAACCAUUUUCUGGAACUCGAAGAGCUCCGUGA